AUGCCUCGACCGGGAAGGAAUACGUACAAUGACCAAAAGCCCCCUUAUUCCUACAUUGCACUCACUGCCAUGGCGAUUCAGAACUCCCCGGAAAAGAUGCUUCCUCUCAGUGAUAUUUACAAAUAUAUCAUGGACAGAUUUCCUUUUUACCGACAAAACACCCAAAGAUGGCAAAACUCUUUGAGACAUAACUUGUCUUUUAACGACUGUUUUGUAAAAGUUCCUCGCCGACCUGACAGACCCGGGAAAGGAAGUUACUGGGCUUUACACCCGAUGUCAGGGGACAUGUUCGAGAAUGGAAGUUUUCUGAGAAGAAGAAAACGAUUCAAAAUGACAUUUCGUUCUCAGCUGCCAGACAGUUUCAAACAUUCGUUAGUGUUGGAAUCUCGGAUGUACCAUGAGGCAUCUAGAAUGAAUUUUUUCGCCAUGGGUAACCGAGCAGUAACAUCGCCAGCCAGACAUCUGACAGGGCAUGGAAACUCUUCCAACAGAAAACAACCAUUUACAAUAGAAAACAUCAUCGCUCCAGAUCAAAAAUCAAAAGCACCCCCUCUCCCUACCCCUGUGACACCAACAGUAUUACCAGCUUUUGCAACACAAUUUGCCAGUAACUUGUCAUAUGUGACGCCGUUCUCUGCAGGGAAUAUAUUUUCAACACUAGCAUCGGCUUAUAAGUAUAAUUCGGAUUGCGAGAAUAUUUUAAAAUCUAGAAGACAUACCGACUUUUCUAUACCUUCACUGACGUCACUGCCUGUGAAACCGUCACCGGUGUCCGCUUUGAAUUUGGUCACCACGCCAAAGAACUGUACAGUAGAACGAAUGGACUACUCCCCGACGGGACCUUCUUGUUACACUCCCAUGGAGUUGAAAUCCCUUAUGUGUUGUAAACAAGUAAGCACGUGA